AUGCGCAAUUACGGUUCCUACGCGCUGGCCAACUCGAGUAAUCCUCGAUGCAGCAACUCGCUCUAUCAGAGCCUACAAACCAAUCUCGGCGCAAGAAAGGUCGACUUAGACUAUGGUGUCGACUUCCUCAACCUUACCUUCAGCAAUAUUCCGACCGCUGUCUCAGCAGCGAAGAAAGCUGGCCUUGCCAUCAUCGUCCUUGGCACGCUCUCAUCUUUUACCCAUGCAGACCUUGGCUUCCCUGGGGCUCAACAACAAUAUCUUGACGCCGUCCUCGAUGCUUCCAUCCUGGCAAUUUGGAUCCUCUCCGGUGGGCAGCCAUUUGUGCUCAAUGACUCGACUCUCCGCAGCAAUGCAAUCCCCCGUUUCUUCCUUUGUGGGGAAUUCACCGGCGAUGCGUUGGCCGAUAUCCUUACUGGCGAGGUCAAUCACAGCGGGAAGUUGCCUAUCAGCUUGCCGCAGGAUUCAUCUGCCACCCCGGCGUUCCACGACUACCAUGGGAGAGAUGAUACUGGCACAGCGGAUAGUCUCCUAGGAUCUCAUUCAACAUACCAGUUUCCUCUCCUUUUGCGGGAUACGCCGAUGCCAUUUGGCUUUGGGCUGGGCUAUACAACAUUUUCCGUUUCGAUACCCAUUGUGGAAGCCGAAAAUGAAGUUAUUGGGAUGCGACUGAAUAUUACUAAUACUGGAUCUAUUCCUGGUGAGGAGGUCGUGCAAAUAUACCAUCGGCCACACAGGGGUUGA